AAAGUACUACAGGUUGCUAGGUUGCAACAUGUAACGCGCUGGCAAACUUUCUAGUGCAGUAAAGGUGAAUUCCCAAUAAAUUAGGCUGUUUGGGUCGGCACGCUAGCCCCGAAAAAAACUUAAUGGAUUGUAUGCUUUAAAGCUUUCCCUCAAAAAAGACUAAGAUUGAUCACGGGGCAACUUCAAAAUGUCCACAGCAUCAGCUUCUGUCGUACAGUAUGGACGGCGAAAGGGCUCCUCUAAAAACAUUCAUGCACAGGAGAUGAGAAAAGAAACGAUGCCAGAGCCGGACCUUCGCCAAGUCACUGUCCUGCCGAAGUCUGAGUGGCUUCGCAUUCAAGACAGUUUGAACCAUGUAAACAAACAUAAUGAAAGCCUCAAAGAGGCCGCUAGGCAAAGAGAAGCCAUGCAUCUCCGUUCCAAAGAAGUGGUGAAAUUCUGGUCCAAUACAAUUGCUGGUCAGAGACAAAAAAAGCUGGAGUCAAAGAAGAUUCGAGAGAAGGUGGAAGAGGAGGAAAGGAGAAAACUAGACAUAGAAGAGGCCAAGUACCAGGCAGAGAAACGAAAAGAAGCUAUUGUAAAAGCAAAAGCUCAGCUAUACUACCAGACUGAUCGAGUUAAAGGAUUUCAUAGUGCUCUGCUCCUGACGGAGGUGCUGAAGGAGAGAGAGGCUCAGAUCGAGCUGAAGCGGCGCAUUCGGGAGGCCUCCCGCGACGUGGAAAAGGAGGUCAUGGCCACAAUGAAGCAUCGGGAUGAGCAGGCCCUGCGGCAGGUGAUGGAGAAGGAUCAGAAGAAGAGGCAGGACAGCAAAGUCACCGUCAAAGGGUUGCUGCAGCAGAUAAACGAGCAUGAGCUUGCCAAAGAGCUAGAAAAGAGGGAGGACAAGAGAGAGGGAGAAGUGCUGAAGCAUCUCAAGGAGCUUUUUGACCAGGAGGAGGCCAUGAAGGAGGAGAAGCGACUAGAGGCCAAGAGAAACAUGAUGAAGUCCCACAACGAGCUCAUGGCCGACAAAGACAUGUUCAGAGCCGCGGAGACUCAGAAGCAUGAGAUUGAGGACGAGAAAUCCCAGAUGUUUGCCAAAGCCAAACUCAAGAUGAUGAAGCUGAGGAAAGAAAAGGAAGCAGAGAGGUUAAGAGAGGUGCAGAAGGCCAAAGACGAGACCAUUGCUCGGCUGGCCGCUCACCAGCAGAAGGAGCAGGACAACGAUGAGGAACUCAUAAUCAAGGCCAUCGAGGAGAAGGACUCCCGUGAGGCUCGUCAGCAGAGGGAGAAGGAGGAGAAGAGGGAGGCCAUGCUUCAGUCUAUAGCCGCUCACCGCGAGACCACGCGCCAGCAACAUGAAGGAAGGGCAAUGGAGGAGAAGCAGAAAGCCCUGGAUUUACUUAAUGCCAAGAAGGAGGCAGACAGAAUCUUCAUGGAGAAACAGCGGUUGAAGAAACAGAGAAUGAAGGAGGAUGGUCAAAUUAUCCAAAAGAUCUACGUCCAUCAGAUGGCAGAGAAGCAAGCCAGAGAGCAGCAGCUAAAGAAGGACCUGCAGGAGUUCGAGAGCACCAACGGACAGCUCGUGGCCGAGGAGGAGAGGCAGUUCCAGCAGUACGCCAAGGACUUGAUUGACACGGCCAAGGUGGCCGGGCGGACCCCUUGCCUGCUCCAGAAGGCGGCACGAGAGGGCAUCGGGGGCGGGCUGGGGCCCAUCUUCGGCGGGGUUCGACCCAGCUACCUGGUGAAGGAUGACACCGGAGUUCAGAUGCCCAGUUACGUCGGUGCUGCCUCCCAAGACAUCAGAGAGCUGAAUGAGGUCACUGACAUCCAGAAGGCCAAGAAGCGCCUGGGAUUCACUUGGUGACAGAUCCGACACAGGCUGUAGAAUGUGAUUAUGAGACUAAUUGAAUUACAGAACAGAGAUUUGCUUAAUAAAAGUUUCAUCAAUGUGAACAUGUAA